CUUUGCCAGAAGUUUUAAACGUCCACUGUUUCACACCACUUGGAUGGGUUUCUUGCGCCAUGUCGGAGCCGGGACCAUACACCGUGCCCAACUAUGAUAUUUUUGGCCAUCAUCAUCACAGCAAGCCCUUCAAGGACAAGUCCCACUUCGUGCAGAAAGACAUCAGCCAUCCGAAGUGGCUCGAUGAUCCUCCGGCCAUUCGAUCAAGAGCUGAGCUUCAACAGGCUCGCAAGCAGGGCCGAAUACCGGAGGUGAAGAGCUACGACUUUGAUGGUGAUGGUGUGGUCGGGCAGCUUGACUACUUCAUUGGCAAAUGCUUCGAUCAAGAUGCCGAUGGCCGACUCACCACCGGCGAGCGGCAACGCGCCGAGAAGGCGCUCGAGAAGGGCUUCUUGGACAAGUUCGUCCGUGGCUUGGACUCGACUGGCCAGGUUCACAAAUGUGGGCCAAUCAAGCAGAAGCGAGGGGUCAUUUGUGGCCCUGACAACCAGAAUGAAGCCAGUGUGUCCACGUACCCACCCCAUUUCAACGCGCAUAAAGUGCCAGAACACUACACCAAGACCACCUUGAAAGAGACCCGAAAGGCAGAGGCGAAGGGCGCGGGUCUCAUCAACGGGGAGAAUUGGGCGGCGCGUUGUGAGCCUGUGAAGGAGCGUCAGCCGCCGAACCAUGAGACGCAGCCGCGGAGCUGCCCGAUCAGCCACAUCCGCGAGCGCGCGGAAGCGGAUCACCAGUUGGCGCGGGUGCGCGGUGGAUUGAUGCCCAUGAGCUACCCGGUGAAUCCUGAGCGUGAGUACAAGACCGUGGGCAUCGCGCGGACGGAGGAACCCAUGUUUCGCACACGUAGCCAGUUGCUCGAGACGCGGAGGGAGUUGCUCAAGCGCGACAAUGAGGAGUUGCGGGCUCAGGGGGACGUCUACUACGUGCCCUUGUCAAUCAGAAACCAGGAGAGGGAGGUGGAGGAGCACCAGUUCCGAGAACCCAAAGGUCAGCCGCAGACCCUCACCAAGAUGCAGGACCAGCGAAGGAAAGACAAGAUGGAAUAUGACAUGCAGCACUUCAGCUUUCCCAGAGCUUUUCCUCGCGAGUAUCCCAAAUACUCCGACCAUCCGGACAUCCCUUUCUGGGUGUCGAAUGCCGAAAGUGCCCGGAUUGGCGAUAGCGCGCCACGCGCCAUGCCCAGGACCAUCAGCGAGCCUACGUUCAAAGUCACCGAGCUGCCCUGGGGGGACGAGCCGACCGUGAGUUACGAGAACCUCGCAGAUUCUGCCAAAGCUCUGGCUGCUGGGAAGUUCUCCAGCAAGGAGAUGACGCUGGGCAGCAAAACCGUGAAGCGCUGGUCCACCGAUAUGCUGGAGCGUGGGCAGGCUCGGAAUCAGCCACGGCUCUUCGACAACAUCCGACCCGUGCGGAUCGGCCCGCGGGAUUUGGAGCAGCUGGAUUUGACGUCCUCCAUGGAACCGAUACGCAACGCUGCCCUCCGCCGGCAAGCGGAAGAGCGGAAGAGGAUGGCGUCCAUGCCGAAGCGGAGUCGGCUCUAUGUGGAUCCUCACGAGGAGCCCACGCUGAGGACGAUCACGUCCCAGGGCACCGGUGGACGUGGGAAUUCGUUGCUGGACUCCUCAGAUCCUGGCGUCUCCGUCCAAAACCGCGCGGAGCCGCCCAUGUCCGCGACCUCAGCGGCCACGAGGAUCCCCUCGCGCCGACCGCCCGAUCUGCGGUCCUCGGUGGUGCCGAUCAUUGAGUCGCCGAAAGAGCCAAGGACCUUUGGCACCGGCACAGUGGCUCGCCCACUACAGGCAUCUGGCAUCCGCUGUGGAGGCUUUCAGCACUUGGAUUCCACGUUGCCACGACCGAGCCUUCACGAGAGCAGAGACUCCAGAGCAAGGCCUGAGGCUUGAAGGCGCGACCCGGCGGCCGAGGUGAAGGCUGAAAGCGGGGGGUCAGGGACCAGCAUGCUUUACCUGAUUGCACUGAACCUCACACUCAGCUUGUGAUACCGCUAUUUGAUGCACAGGAGCGUGCUUUUGGGUGGUGGAAGACGAGGUACGCAUGUCUCAAUUUUUUUUUGGCCGUCCCAGCAGGCGAGGCCCACCAGAAUGAACCUGUCAGUGUGCCUUCGCCAUGACUGUCGCGUGUUUCACUCCGGUCCACCGGUGCCCCUUUGUCCUUUCAAAGAAAGGACCGGCACACGACUGCGGAAGGUCCGACCUGA